GCGGCAGCGGCGCUCUCUGCCGGCGACCUCUGGCACCCGGAACAGUGACAUUUCCUUAGUGCUAGUGUUGUGCUGACUCAGCGCCCUCUGGACCGCGCUGACGUCACUCGGAUUUGCGCUCAGAUGAAACUUCGUACGUAGCCACGUUAUGAUCCCAGUACCCCGUGUGUAUCUAUUGGAAAUAAAGUGUCACAAGUGAUUCAAGUGAAAUGAACAGUGCGACGCGUCUGUGACUCUAUCUAACACGUGGAAAUGAAAAGAGAAAAGUAUAAGAUCUCCGUCUCGGAACUUGGGCUGGGUAAGCGAUGAAGGGGUGGUUCGACGCGUUCCGCGAGGAAGGCGGGCCGACCCUGUACGCAUACCACAACCGGACGGCAGUGGCGGCUGAUGUGCCGGCGCUCGCGCUGGUCAUCGCAGCCCUCACGCUAUACAUCGCCUUCCUCGCUGUCUUCCCCGGCAUCAGGAAAGAGAGGUUUUCCACGUUCACUAUCGUCACCCUUAGCCUCUUCGUUGGAACUGUUAUACUAGUGUGCAAACACGGGUCGUCGUGGCACGUGGGAGGCGCCCGGGUGGCGCGCGCCGCGUACCGCGCCUACUCGGCCGAACGCCUGGACUGCUGGCUGGCCGGACACAUAGGGCUCGGACACGUUAACGUCACGCUUACUGCGCUAUCCUGGGGCAACACCUCCAUUGGAGACCCUGGCGUGGACUACAACGAGCAGUUCCGCUGGGAGGACGCAGGUGGCGUGCAGGAGUGGUACCGAGAGGGCCUGGAGCGGGGACUCCCGUACCCGGUGCUGAGCGUGGCGGAACACUUCGCGGUGCAGCACGAAGGCUUCGAGUGGGGGGCUAAGUACAGAGCUGCGGGGUAUACCACGUCGACCUUGCUAUGGACAGCACUAGCGCUAUGGCUACUAAUGAACCUGCUGCUCGUGGUCGUGCCUCGAUACGGUGCAUAUGCCAUGGCAACGCUGGGCGUGACGCUGUGCACGGCGGCAGGCGGCUACUGGGCGUCGCUGCCUCAUGUGCCUUUAGUGGUGCGGCUGGACGGAGCCACGUUGCUGUUCUCACUAGGCUGGUGCUUCUGGCUGGUGCUCAUCUCAGGGUGCAUCUGCCUCGUAGUAGGCCUUCUGAUCGCAACAGUGGACCUGAUGUGGCCGCACCGGUUCUCCACAGUGCUAGAAGUAGACUACGAUACGCCGUACGACAGGCACGUGCUCAUCGUGGACAGCCGACAGCGAGCACGGCCGCAAACACAGCAAUCCUUGCCUUCUAGAAUACUUAGGAGAUUAUCGUCAAAAACUAGAGAAACGGAGGGUCAAGUUUCUAUGGCGGUUGUGAACGAGAAUGGACGGGACAAUCCCGCCUUUCAGCACGAGCAUCAUCGCAAACCAAACUCGCCCUGGAGGUAUCCUCUCUUUAGGAGGCAGAUCGACAGAGCGGACAGUGCAUCUAGUUUAGGAUCCAGUAUUAAUGGCCACAGCACGGCUAUCAAGAUGUCUCCACUAGCGGGGAGUCCUGCAAAUCCACCUUUAGCUAUUCCAGCACAUAGGUUCCGACCUCAAAUACCUGCUACGGAACGAGUUAAAGACAUGUGGUGAGAUGGUGUGGUGACCAGAAGCUGUGGCAUUUGUUAGUGAAUAUUAUAAUGAACUAUGUAAGAAAUUGACCAAGUAGUGUGAAUUCAAGUUACCGAUCUCCAAAAUGGACGACGUAAUCUUAAAAAAGGAGACUGCUUAUCGAAUUAUUUAAUGGCAUUGUUUUAUAAGCGAAACAGUCUCCUGCCUGUAAAUAUGUACAUUAUAUUAUCUAAAUUAUUUGUAAGCACCUGUCCAGUGUCAUAAAUUGUAAUAAUGUAAAAAUAGUUAGGUAAGUUACAGGAUUUUGUUUACCUCGUUUAUAAAUUAUGAUUAUAUCGGAGGUGCUCAGGUGUAUUAGACUGCAUCGACACAAGUGAAUAAUUUGUGCCAUGUACUCACUCCACGAUACAAAUCGGUUCACUAACUCGCACCCUAAUAAAGCAUCACAGUUUUGCUUUAUCUAUUAAUUUCAUUUUUGUCUAUAACGCGUAAUGUAAAACUAGUCCUAACACUACAGUUGAAUCAAGCCAUUUCAAAUACGCCGAAUAUUAAGUCAUUUGUAAUUUCUUUUUGACUAAAGUGGGCACCUUAAAGCAGCAUUUUUGACCCCAAAGUUAGAGACCUGCACCGAUAGCAUGGUCGCGCCAUAAACGAUAAAAACAUCUGGCCGUCCCUAUCGUACUUACAAAUAGUGCGAAAGGGACGGCCUGAUUUAUAUCAUUUAUCGCGCGACCAUGCUUGCCUGUCUGGUGCUAAAUGCCAUGAAUAUAAUCCUCUUUUUUAUUAUCACUUAUUAAGAGAAGAACAUUUCCAAAUAAAUGAAACUUGGAUUUUUUUAACUAGAAGCAAAUCGGCGUAAAAUAAUAUGUAUGUACCUGACUAAAAUGUAUAAUUUGAAACUGGCGUAUAAAUAUUUUUGAUCGUGCGUAUUUCAUAUUUCCUUAUUUAUCAAGAUAUUCAACAGUUGGCAAGUUAACAAGCCCUGUACACAUCACUAGGAAAGUCAUUAAGAUUUACUGUAAGUUAUUUAUUUCAUAUGAUAGUGGCAUUGAUAGUAAUGCGUGAUAUAAAAUUCCAAACAAGAAGUAUAGCUCAGCUUGAAGGUAUUCAUUUCUAUUAAUAUUGACCAUAAGUAUUGACAGUAUAAUAAUAGUAUUAUUUAAAACGCUGAUCAUUUUCAAUGUUGUGAAAAUAUAUUUGCAACAGUGAAUAUGUAUAAGUAUGUGACAUUGCGUAAGUAAAUGUUAACAGUAUAAAAGUGAGAAUGAAGAUAACUAUAAUAGGAAGAAUGGCUUAGAAGA